UGGCACCUAUUCCGAACACAAUCCACGGUGGCAGCUUAGAAUGACCGUGGUCCUUUUCAAUCCCCUACCACUUAUCAAACAUUCCGGGAUGUAACAUUUUCACAAGAAAGGCGCUGCUACUCACUAGUAUUUGACGCUAUAAUCCAAAAACAAUGGCAAAUGACGGAUUUCGCAUUUUGAUGUGUAGACCUACAUACUUUAAAGUUUUUUAUGCUAUUAACCCAUGGAUGAGUAUAAAUAAUCCAGUCGACGAACCCAAAGCUAAAAAACAGUGGGAUUUACUAAAGAAUACAAUUGAAAAAUGUGGAGCAAAGGUGGUCGUAAUGGAGCCAGACGAGACCGCAAAAGAUCUUCCUGAUAUUGUUUUCACUGCAAAUGCUGGUAUUGUACGAGAGAAGAAAGUCUAUCUUGCAAAUUUCACAAAUGAACAGCGUAAACCCGAAUGGAAAAUCAACGAAAAAUGGUUCAAAGAAAACGGAUUCACGACUUUUUUCAACCCAGAGCUUGCGCACGAAGGUACCGGUGAUGCACUUUGGAUCAAUCAAGGAAAGGUGCUACUGGCUGGCAUAGGCCCUCGAUCGGAUCCGCGGGCUCUGGACGAUAUAAAAAGCAAGCUGAGAUCGGACGGCGACGAUUUCAUGAUAGUGGCCGUGAAGCUAAUUGAUCCACGUUUUUACCAUCUGGACACCUGCAUAUGUCCACUCACCGACAAUCUUGCCAUGUACUAUCCCGGUGGAUUCACGCCACUCGGUCAAAACAAUCUCAAGAACUUUCUCGAACUCAUACCGGUGCCAGAAUGUGAUGCAAAGAAGUUUGCCUGCAAUGCGGUGGUCAUUGGCAAAAAUGUGAUCAUGAAUGAAGGUUGCGAUACGAUAGCUAAGGAAUUGGAAAGUCGUGGUUUCAAGGUACAUUUCGUAGCCAUGUCCGAAUAUCUCAAAUCUGGAGGAUCUUGCAAAUGUUGCACAUUACGACUUGACUUCGAUUGGUACAAGAACAAAUAAAUUAAUGCUAUGGUUUUGCUGUUGUUGA